AGCAAGGGACACCAACAGGGGGCACUGCCGCUUCGCUGGACCCGUUCCUGGAGACUCCCUACUGGUGCCUCCGGGGAAAGAGACGCUCAGCGUGACGGCGGGGAAGCAAAGCCGAGAGCUGGGAGUGCGCGGGGCUGGACUACGUACCGCCUCGGCGCUCCCACCGAUUCUUUGCACCAGACUCCUUUCCAGGCUCAUGGAAUUUCCAGUAGCACAGAUUGAUUAUAAGAGUCCAUUGAUGACUUGAACAAAUGGGCCCUGUUUCUUGUUUCUCCUCUUAUACUGGAAGCUGAACACAUAGCAUUUGUGACAGAGAGCAUUUGGGUGCAAGGUGAGAAUUUACAGAGACCUUCUUCAUCCUCAGACACCAUUGUGAAGUGGUCAGACUGUUGUUUGCCAUUAGCUUGCAGACCUGGGGACCCUUAUCAAUUAAUUGCCAGAGCAAGUGUGGACGACUUCAGCAAGCUGGGGGUGGCGUUCAUGGAAGACCGGCUCCAGAUGGCUAAUGGGCUGAUACCCCAAAAGAUUGUUUCAGUGCACCUGCAGGACUCUGCUCUGAAGGAACUUACGGACCAGGCCAUGAACAAGCCGGCCCACAUCCUGCAGCCGAGCCCCGCCCCUGCCGCUGAGGGUGAGCCUGACGCAGGUGUGAUGGAGCAUGCUGGCAAAGAUGACCCACAGGUUCUUGGGGCAGACCCCACCCAAGGGCUAGAUGGCGCCUCUGGGAGUGAGCCUGCCCAGGAGAGUGACAGAGGGGAGGGCUCCGUCGAGCUCUGUCACCUCCAUCUGUCUAGUUGCCAUGAGUGUUUGGAGCUGGAGAACAGCACCAUUGAAUCUGUCAAGUUUGCAUCUGCAGAGAACAUUCCAGAUCUUCCUUACGACCCCAGUGGCAGUUUGGAGGGUGCUGCUGAUGCCAUCCGCCCUGAGAGAGAAGAGAAGAGAGUCAACAUCACGGGGAAGGCACCCAACAUCCUCAUCUACGUGGGCCCUGACUCCCAGGAAGCCCUAGACAGGCUUCAGCAGGUCCAGUCUGUCCUGGCCGACUGUGUGGACCCUGACGGCUACACCCUCUACCACCUGUCGCAGGAGAGUGCACUCAGAGACCCAUGGUCAGACAACUGUCUGCUGUUGGUCCUUGCUACCAGGGAGUCUGUUCCCGAAGACCUGCACCAGAAGUUCAUGGCCUACCUUUCUCAGGGAGGGAGGGUGCUGGGCCUGUCUUCGUCCUUCACGUUUGCUGGCUUCCGGGUGACCAGCAAGGCCGGACUGCGGGAGACAGUCCAGGACUUGGUUUUCUCCAAGGCUGACCAGAGCCAGGUGAAGCUCAGCAUCCUGAGCAGCGGCUGUGUGUACAAGGAGGGCCCCGGGGAGCGGCUCAGCCUGGGCAAGCUCCAGGGCCACCUGGAGAAUGAGGACAAGGACAGGCUGAUUGUGCAAGUGCCUUUUGGAACACGUGGAGGAGAGGCUGUUCUUUGCCAGGUGCACUUAGAACUACCUCCCAGCUCUUCAGUAGUGCAAAAGGAAGACUUUAACCUCCUCAAAACUAGCAAUAUUCGAAGAUACGAAGUCCUUAAGGAGAUCCUGACCACCCUGGGCCUAAGCUGCGACAUGAAGCAAGUUCCUGCCUUAACACCCCUUCACUUGCUGGCGGCGGCGGAGGAAAUCUGGGACCCUCUUAUGCAGUGGCUGGGGAAACAUGUGGAUCCUGGGGGAGUAGUGACAUCCAGCAAGCUCUCCCUCAAGUUUGUCCCAUCCUACACGCCUGACAUGGAAGUCACGCCAACUGCUCUACCUGUGGUGACCAACAUGACGGCCUUCUCGUCCGAACACUUUAACUUAGAGAUCUACCGACAAAACCUGCAGACAAAGCAACUUGGAAGAGUAAUUCUGUUUGCUGAAGUGGCAUCCACCACCAUGGAUCUCCUGGACGGGUUGAUGUUUGAGAUGCCGCAGGAAAUGGGUUUAAUAGCCAUCGCAGUCCGCCAAACACAGGGCAAAGGGCGAGGAAGGAAUGUGUGGCUGAGCCCCGUGGGAUGCGCCCUCUUCACGCUGCUGGUCUCCGUCCCGCUGAGGUCGCCGCUGGGGCAGAGGAUCCCGUUUGUCCAGCACCUGAUGUCCCUGGCUGUGGUGGAGGCGGUCAGGUCUAUCCCGGGGUACCAGGAUAUCAACUUACGGGUGAAGUGGCCGAAUGACAUUUAUUACAGUGACCUCAUGAAGCUCGGUGGAGUUCUGGUCAGCUCAACACUUGUGGGAGAAACAUUUUAUAUACUUAUUGGCUGUGGAUUUAACGUGACCAACAGCAACCCCACCAUAUGCAUCAACGACCUCAUCGUGGAGUACAACAGGGAGCACGGGGCAGGGCUGGCGCCCCUGGGGCCCGACCGCCUCAUCGCCAGAGCCGUGACCAGGCUGGAGGGCCUGAUCGACAGAUUCCAGGACGAAGGGCCGAACAGCGUGCUUCCGCUUUACUACAAGUACUGGGUGCACAGCGCCCAGCAAGUCCACCUGGGAAGCGCGGAGGGGCCCAAAGUGUGGAUCGUCGGCCUGGAUGAUUCCGGAUUCCUUCAGGUUCACCAGGAGGACGGCCAGGUGGCCACUGUGCAUCCGGAUGGCAACUCCUUUGAUAUGCUCAGAAACCUCAUCAUCCCCAAACGGCAGUAGGACCCACGCAGGAAGACGGUGC